AGUGGGGAGGAGGCGGGUUCUGCUGAGCUGUUAAAUCCUGAGUGAAGUUUCCCCCAUUUCCAGUGGCCACCGUUGUCUGAGGCUGGUUCGGAGCGGGGCUGGGGUUACCCUGACAUUUCUGGGACCGUGGCCAGCCAAGAAGGGAAAGAGAAGAAAAGACGAGUCUUUUACAAUUUGCUUUUGUCGAAGUGUGGAGAAAGGGGAAAGGGAAGUGUCCUUUUUUUUCAGCAUCACAUUCCUGUGUUUUUCUUCAGCCUGGAAAAUAUAUUAAUGCUGGUGCUUUCCUCUCUGGAAACAAAGGAACUAAACGGGACUGAGGAAGCAAGGAGUGGGAAGGAGGCUUGGGAAGUUUAAAAGAGAGAGACUCGGAGCAGCCUGGAGUUCCCUUUUCUUAAAUGAAAUCCCUGCCUGUGUGGGUAACCGGUACAGCAAAAAGGCAGACCUGCAGGUAAAUGGAGAAGCAGAGAUCCCAAAGGAAAUUUCCGCUAACCUCAUCCCACUUGUCAAGAAGGUGAAGAAGAAAGAAAGUUAAAAGACACACAGGGAGACGGACAGGCUCUGGGACCUAUUGGGCUGCAUAAAGAUAAAUCACUGGGCAGCAGCAAAGCUGUAUGGCAUUGGUCUCCUUUUAAAGGAAAAAGACGUGAAACCUCGUCUCUGGAAGGGGAACUUCCCUGAGAGUCAGAUUGCACAAUGAACUGGAGGCCAGCUCUCAGCUUAGCCCUGCUGUGGGCAGCAUGGCUAGUGUGCGGCUCUGAGAAGACAGGGAGGCUAGCGGAAAGAGGGAGCCAUGGAGUUAGGAAAGUGCCCCUGGCUUACAGGGCUCCAAGCAGCCUCCUGAGAAGGUCUGGAGCAUCCCUGAGGAAUUCAAGCCCAAAUCCCCAACACCCCGGCACCAGGAGGCAUUCUUCAGCACCUCCAAAGGCACCUGCCAAUCUCCUGCAAGGGGAAGCACGUUCCCAGGCCAGGGGCACGGGGACCAGAACGAGACGGGUACAGAGACUCACAGCUGCAGCCAAAUACUCCAAGUCCGAGAUGAUUAAGGACGAAGGGAUAUCCUCUGCCUCACAGUCACGAGUGGUACGUUUCCCUUCAGGGUCAAGUUCCCCCAAUGUCCUGGCCAGCUUUGCUGGGAAAAAUCGGGUGUGGGUCAUUUCUGCCCCCCAUGCCUCUGAGGGCUACUACCGGCUCAUGAUGAGCCUGCUGAAAAACGAUGUUUACUGUGAACUGGCUGAGAGGCACAUCCAGCAGAUUGUGUUGUUCCAUGAAGAAGGGGAAGAAGGGGGAAAAGUCAGAAGGAUAACCAACGAAGGAAAAAUCCUGGAGCAGCCACUAGAUCCUGCCCUCAUCCCUAAGCUCAUGAGCUUUCUGAAACUGGAGAAGGGGAAAUUUGGCAUGGUGCUGUUGAAGAAAACUCUGCAGGUGGAGGAAAGGUACCCUUAUCCAGUCAGGCUAGAGGCCAUGUACGAAGUCAUUGAUCAGAGCCCCAUCAGAAAAAUUGAGAAGAUGAGGCAGAAGGGCUUCAUCCAGACGUGCAAAGCAGCUGGGGUGGAGGGACAAGUGGUUGAGGAAGGCAACAAUGGGGGCAGCACCCAGCCUACCCCCGGGGGUGGACAUGUCCAGGUGUCAGCAAGGAAGGAGGAGCCAAGGAAGAGCAAUAAUCAGCCACCAAGGACCAAAACAGUGAGGAAACCGAUGACAACCACAGUGGCUACUCCUCUGCCUACAGUAAGGACCACUACCCUCCCUCCCACCACCACCACAACUACCCGCGCCACCACCCGCGCAGUGACAACAGCAAGCCGGUCUACGACAACAACUACACCCCUCCCCACCACGCAGAGGACCUGGACCACAAAGUCACAUUCCACCACAGAGUACCACAGGCUGCCAGUAGCCCCCGAUGCCACCACGCCACGAGUCACAGGCUCUGAGGAUUUCUACUCUCCUGUGUGGAAGGCAAACCGCAGGGACCGGCAGCGCGGCCACCCAGAGAAACACUCGGCGGCCACACGGAAACCAAGCAAAGCUGCCCGCUAUGACAGUUUCACAGAAGUCCCAACAGCUCCCUCAGUGCACUAUACAAAGGCAAAUGUGGGUAGAUUUAAAGAUAACCGAACAGACAGAAAGGACUAUAACCACAGGGACCUGAACGUCACACCAGGGCAACACAAACCAACUAAGACUAAACCACCGAAGAAGAAGGCCCAAGAAAAGAUACUGAGCAAUGAAUAUGAAGAUAAAUAUGACCCGAGCAAGCCUGCUAGUUCCCAUUUAGAGGAGGAGUUUGCAGCAGGAAAUAUUCCCCCAAAGAAAGGAAAAGAAUCAAAGAAGCAUGAGCGAAUGGAUAAACCUGAGAAGAAGAAGAAGAAGGACAGACCUGACAAGCUACAGAAGAGUGAGAAGCAGUCCAAGAAGGACAAAGCUGAGAAAAAGAACAAGCAGGACAAAGACCGUAGCAAGAAGAACAAGAAGGGGAGCAGGACUGAGAAUGAGGAUUUCCCCAAGUCCAACAAGAAGCCUUUCCUACAGCCUCCCAGGAAAUCAGUGACUGACCUCCUGGAAUAUUUUGAAGGCAAAAGGCGGCUCAUUCUGAUCACAACCCCCAAGGCGGACAACACCAUGUAUGUACAGCAGCGAGAUGAAUAUCUGGAGAGCUUCUGCAAGAUGGCAACGAGGAAGAUCUCAGUCAUUACAAUUUUUGGCACCAUGAACAACAGCAGCAUGAAAAUUGACCACUUCCAGCUAGAUAAUGAAAAGCCCAUGAAAGUGAUAGAGGAUGAAGAUCUUGUGGACCAGCAGCUCAUCAGUGAGUUGAGGAAAGAGUAUGGGAUGACCUACAAUGACUUCUUCAUGGUGCUGACGGACACUGACAUGAAGGUCAAGCAAUACUAUGAAGUACCCAUAGCAAUGAAGUCUGUGUUUGAUUUGAUCGACACCUUCCAGUCACGAAUUAAAGACAUGGAAAGACAGAAAAAAGAGGGCAUUGUCUGCAAAGAAGAUAAGAAGCAAUCCCUUGAGAGUUUCCUAUCCAGGUUCCGAUGGAGAAGGCGGCUGGUGGUGAUCUCUGCUCCCAGUGAUGAGGACUGGGCUUAUUCCCAGCAGCUUGCUGCUCUCAGUGGACAAGCCUGCAAUUUUGGUCUGCGCCAUAUAACUAUCCUCAAAUUGCUAGGACUUGGAGAAGAUAUUGGAGGUGUCUUAGAGUUGUAUCCCAUUAAUGGAAGCUCUGCUGUAGACCGAGAAGAUAUCCCAGCUAAUUUGGUGAAAGACAUUCGAAAUUAUUUCCAAAUUAGCCCAGAAUAUUUCUCAAUGCUUCUAGUUGGGAAAGAUGGAAACGUCAAAUCCUGGUAUCCUUCUCCAAUGUGGUCUAUGGCAAUUGUGUAUGAUCUGAUUGAUUCCAUGCAGCUUCGGCGACAGGAAAUGACAAUUCAGCAAUCGCUCGGCAUGCAGUGCCCAGAUGAUGAGUAUGGUGGGUAUGGUUAUCAUAGCUAUCACCAAGGAUACCAGGAAGGUUACCAAGAUGACUACCGUCACCACGGAAAUUACCACCAUGGAUAUCCAUACUGAAAAGAGCAACUUAGCCUCCAACUGCCCCAUGUCUGUCUUCUAAUAGCUAUCCAAGCAAUAGGUGGCCGGUUGCAGAAAGUCUUCCCAGGCCACCCAGAUAUCCAUGCCUCGUUCUUCCACUGUUCAAUUAAAGGACUUUGGUCAUUUGCCUUCUCAAAAAUGCAGAAGCCUUCACAGUGAAGCAAUUCAAACCAGUAGUAUUGAAGCUUUAAACAAUAAAGACUCCUUUAUAUUUUUAAGCCUUUAAAAACAAAGGUGAUCAGCAGGUGCUGUUUGUAUUAAAACCAAACCCACCCCCCGCCACAGCCCCAGUCCAUGGACACUACUGUAGGGCAGGACUCAAACUGUCCAACAAAUAUUGCAAUGCUCUUUUUAGUAUUUUUUUCUAAGGAGAAAAAAAUUAAGUAUAUUUAUUGGAAAGUGAGAUUGCAUUGUGCUCAUGAAGAGAAGCAAAGAAUCACACUUCAGGACUUUCCCAGAAAAGGAAAAUUUAAGAAAGAAGCAUGGGGCAGGCUCUUUAAUAAUAACAAUAAUAACAAUAAAACCCUUUUGAAGUACCUUGUCUAAAAAACCAGCAUCCCUUUUACAGUGCAUUAACAUUGUAAUUAGCUGACUUUAUCAAUGAAAAUAAGAAUUUAUGGCUAUGGCAAGAUUUGUUCCAGUACAAUACAAUGUAAAGUUAUUAACUACAAAGCUUGCUGCAUGGCCAUUUAUUCUUUUAAUUGGGGUCCCUGUUCUCUUAGGUCCUGCCCACCUGACAGUUAAAUCCAAGUUAAUGAGAGCUAAGUGGAAACAUCAACCAUAGUUAGCAUUGUCUGAAAUACAGAAAACUGAAAAGCAUUAUUUUCAUCAGAAAAAAAGGAAAAAAAUUCUCAUUCAUAUAUAUUUUAAAUGAGUUGUAACUAGCUCUCUAUAACAAUGUUUUUAAUUAAACUAUUGCUCUAAAUUUCAAAUUUCCUUCUACCUCUUCUUCACAUACCCUCCCCCAUGAAAAAAAAAAAAAAAGACUAAAUGUUUAUAAAACUACUUGGAAAUAAUUUGGUCUGCUACUAAACCAGCUCUAUUUCUCCCACACUUUCCAAAAUGGUUUUCUUCUCUCUUUUCAUUGGUGUCUUCGGCCAUUGGAUCUGCUGCACCACCCUACUCCUACUGAAAUCAGUGGCAGGAACUGCAUGCAUAGCCACACUUUCAACACCAUUUGGAUUAGAUUUCUAAACAUUAAAGAGCCAGCAGAAAGAUUCAGGAAUGUCCUGAAGUGAAGGUAUCAUGCAAGCCUUCAUAGAGGCACAGUGGUCACUUCUAAUGUCGAAGGCAUGCCCGACCAGUCACAUUCCUUUUUAUAAUCCAUGACAUGGGUGCACAUCAUGUAUAGAUACAUGCAAGAGGGCACUCUUACUAGGUUUUGCGAUCACAGCAACAGCACAGGAAUAGGGAGAAACUACAGCUAUGUGCCAGAGCAUGCCCCACAGUUUGAGUUUUAGCAUUUUCCUGAUUCUUUUAUUUUGGCCCAGACGAAAACAGAACUGGGUAAAGCAACAAGUUCACUCAAAGCCAGAUGCUUUCUUUAGAAACUUGGUCACAAAAGGUCAGACCUUGCUUGCCCUUCUGAAUGUCAGAAAGGCAGAAAGAUGUGGAGGUCACAGGGCCUGGUCACUUUUUCCUUAGCUUUACAAACCUGGUCACCCUCUGGGGCAGGCUACCCUCCGUAUCACAAGGUCUAGUCAGCACAGGGUACAGCUCCCAACUUACCUCUCUCAGGUGACUGGAGCUAAGUGAGGGGAUGGUAGGCAUUUGACAGAACCAUUUUGAGAGGACUCCUACCCGCAGAGAGCUUCCAGGUUCUCAUUAACUACAAUACUUCCACAUCUGAAAGCAGUGGACACAGAAAUUCAAAAAACCAAAGAGGAGCUAUGAAAAAGAAUCACAGAACUGGUUUCUAGAAGAAAAUGGGAGGUCCCAUAUCUCAGUUUUAGAAAACAAGUGCUUAUUGCAUCAGUGUAUGAAGGUCAGCUGCCUAACUUUCUUAGCCUAAAGCAAAAGCUGAGGAAAGUAUACCAGAUAUCUAACAGCCACCUCCUGUAGACAAAAAGAGAAACAUCUUUAGGGUGUUUUCUUUCAGGUGUUCAUUUCAACUUUUCUGUAAUCUUGUAUUUUCGUGUAAAGUCUUUAAAUGAAAGCCCUUUUAACUCACAUUACAAAUCAUGGAAACUAAAUGUCCUGUGCUGAGCAGGAAGAGACAGUUAACUUACAAAAAAGAGUGCAACACCUGAUCCAAAUUGCUUUUUUUUUUUUCCCCUCUCCAGAAUUCAUUGUGCAAGUACCAAACCCAGCAUAGGCAUUCAGUGGGAGUUGCAUUAAAAAGACAACUCCAAACAAGUUGUCCACUUUAAGGGAGGUUGGGAUGGGCUCUUAACCAAAACUACACAUUCAAAUAUCCAUAGAAUUUGAGGAAGACUCAGUAUUAUUCUACAUUCUGGUGCUGAUUCCUGCCUUCAUUACAAACUGGCUCAAAAUUACCAGAAACUUUUAGCAAUGAAUUAAAAUCCUGAUUUUGCAACCUACCUCUCCCUAUGGAAAACUAAAAGCAAAGCCUGAAGGAACACCAAGCCAAAAAAUCCUUUCAACAGAAACAUACAGUUAUCUUAAAGACUGUAAGCAUUCAGGAGCUACUAUACUCCAAAUUAAGACUUCAUUUUUCAAAACACAAAUCAAAUCCAAAGCACUGGAUCCGUCCCUGCAGCAUCACUCUGAGGACAGACUUACUGAAAUGAAGGUCCUAUUUCUACAGCUCUUAGUGGGAAGAUUCCACAUGAUAAAGAAUAACUUUUUUCUUAUACAUGGGAUUUGAUUCAGCUCCAAGAUGGCUGUUUUCAUCCACAGGCUGUCUUUCAAGCACCAUGGCUCUGUUGCUACAUUCACAAAGUAGCUGAAAUUAACCAAAAUAAAUAUUGCUUUAAUUGGCUUGUUAUAAACAAGAGAAACACGAACACACUUCUCUUCCUGGGAGGUUCUGUGAACUAUUUCCUCAAACCUGGAAGGAGGAACAUAACAUCCUCAGCAGCAAUUAAGUUCAAAUGUUUGUGAAUUUGGGUUCUAAAUCACAGCUUAGAAAAAGCUCUCUGCCCGAUGUAUUUAUUGAAGACUGUGUGCCAAACUAAUGUUGCUCUCCAAAAAUCUCCUCAUAAAUUUCCCUGUUGUUAUUUGAGGAGAAAAUUAGUAAGCUUUCCAACAUGGAGUAGGUCAACAACCAUACAGGGGAAACACUUAAUCAAGUGGGAUUCACAUAAUCUAUUUGAAACAUGUAACUCCAUAGAAUAGCUUCCCCUUGCUAACCAGGGCUGCUCUCCAGCUGACAAUCAUUUACAGUCACUUCCUCUAACAAAUCCCAUGUACACACUAAAUUUGACUAUUGCCAUGGAAGGUACAGCUGCACAGAAUUGCAUGGUUAUACUUUUGGGUUACUUUACACACUUUUUUAUUGCUAAGUUGAUGCAAAUCCUUACCCAUUUUUAGACAGCAGUUAACAUUCCUGUUGCUGCAAAGGGGAUAUACAGUUCUCCUCCAUUAUGAAAAGAAACCUGCCUGGCCAAUCCAACAGAAUCUCUCUGAGACCUCCAACCUGAAGGCAACAGAAAGAUUUCUACACGUUAGACAGGACCAACUCUACAGCACAAGUAAACGCUUGGAUCAACAGUUAUAUACCUGGUAUCUUUGUGCAAUCUAAGACUUUGGCAAAUAAGACAAGCAUGAUAGCAUCGGUGAAAUUUAUAGAGGGAAAAAUCGUUAAGCAGGACAAGAGCUGAAAGCAAGAACUAAGUGCACUUUAUAAAAUCUGCAGAUCAGUCAUUUCCAUAUCUCAUUUCUCUUAAUGCAGAUACUCAGGCAGGAAGGUCAAACAUAUGGUUUUUAAGACAUUCAUCUUUGGUUUGAUGCCCUGUCAUUAGAGGUAUGAGGCUGAUUUCUAUGUUCUGACUUAAUGCAAGGCAAAGCUCUCUGGAAAAGUUAAUGUAAAAAGCUACUGCUCAUGUAAAUGCAAAGCAAUCUAAAGCUAACAGUACUUUCACUCUUCUUGGAAAUACCUGCUAAAGUUGGUAGCUAUGAUUUAAAAAGACAAUGAACUCAGGCAGGUAUAUAUUGCAAAGCUGUAUGUAAUGGAAAAAAAAUGAAACUGUCUUAUUGCAACUAA